AUGGAGAGCAUACUUCCCUUGCCCGAGAAGAUUGUCACACGUCACGGGGAUGUACUCGAGGUAACAUACCAACCUUUGGAUCUGAAAGCGGUCGAGAAGCUCCUCAGUUCAAGAUGGGCGGGAGCCGCAGUGUUCUUUGCGGGAAAGACAAGAGACGACAGAACGAUAGGUGUCACCCGUCUCGAAUAUGAAGCCUACACUACCAUGGCUAUGAAGAUGCUGCAGACUAUUGUGGCAAGAGCUCGAGGAACCUCAUCCUCUGCAUGGCCACCGUCCGGACAUGUCGUGGAGAGCAAAUUACAUCAAGAUUUCAAUCCACCGCCCAAUUCCGACGCAAUCAUUCGGGUCGUAAUACUCAACCGUCUCGGGCCUGUCCUUGUUGGAGAGUCGUCUGUCUUGAUCGGCGUGGCAUGCCCCCAUCGUCAUCGGGCAUUCCAGGUAGCCGAGUGGCUCUUGGAGGAGACCAAGAGGACCGUACCAAUUUGGAAAAAAGAGAUCAGGAGAGCCGUCACGAAUCACGCGGCAAAUGACGACGACGCUCCGAGCCGAUGGAUGCCAGCAGAACAUGCAUAA